UACAAGAGAGACACAUGCCACUGUUAAGUUUCAAGUCCACCACCAUCCACUGCAGUAUGCCGGGGCCGAGAGAUCGACCACGUUUCCACCAAGCUGGCAUAAGCUGACAAGUCAACCAGAUCGUCAUGCUGGAUGUGUUGCUAAUAGGAGGUGGGCCCCAUGCUCUGACCUUAGCUAGCUUGCUGUCCAGCCCUGAUUUGAACUCUGACCAUGGACAUGACCCACCCCUUUCCCCCUCCUGCUCAGACCCUCAGAGGUCUGAAGCGUCACACAAAAAACGCUGCAGCAGCAAGAGGAAGAUUGUGACAGGUGGCCAGACACUGGAGGAGCAUCUCACAAAGUUAAUAUCAUCGGAGAGGAUCUUUUGCCGUCCACUUAGUCUGCGAGUGGUAGAUACUUAUGGAGAGUGGGCCACUCUGUGGGAGAGCCAGUUUACUGCAUUGAACAUCCCUCAUCUGCGCUCACACACUCUGGUGCACACAGAUCCUUUCAAUAAGAAAGCACUUCAGGAGUUUGUUGUUAAAUAUGAGCGUUCAGCAGAGCUUCACAGUCUUCCAGACCAGGUUUACAUUCUGGAUGAAAAUGCUUUCUUCAAUGACAUGCGGCUCGGCAAGAAAGAGAGGAAAAGGCUGAACAUCACCUCAACAAUGAAGAACAGUUUGUCCUUUAGCCUGCCAGGAACCCAACUUAGCGUGGAUUUCUUCAAAGAGCAGGUGAAAAGAUAUGAGUUGGACAAAGUGUUGUUGAAAGGAACAGUGGAACACAUCACUCCUGUGAUGGAGCACAAGAAGGAGACAGACGCAGUAAAGGAAAGACUGAGUGAAGCCAAAAAGAAUACAGAUGAAUCGAGGAAGCAAGUUAAAUAUUUUCAAGUCCAACUUCAAGAUGGUGACAUCCUAAAAGCCCGCCAAGUAGUCAUGGCAACAGGUCCAACCCGUGCACAGAUGGCAAACAUCCCUGAAUGGGUGAAAAGAAUUGGGGAGAGCUACCCAGAGGAGCGCUUGCAACACACAGUUCAUCUCAUGCACCGGAUGCCAAACUACAAGCAAAAACUCAGAGAAACAAGCUGUCCAAAAGAAGAAGAAACUCUUCUUACCAAGGGAUUGUAUGUAGUGUGUGAGGCAGGACAGAGAGUACUGGUAGUUGGUGGAGGUCUGACCAGCGCUCAUGUCGUCUCAAUUGCCCUGCAACAAGGGGCCAGCCAUGUGACAUGGGUCAUGAGGAAGCACCUGCAGCUGAAGCAAUUUGAUGUGGGUGAUGUGGAAAGCCUGGUGGGUCGUUACUCUCAUGUAGAACAUGGCAUCAAGAUGGAUGGCCAAGCUUUCUUACGGCAGUUCUAUAAUGAGCGGAGUCUCCACAAACGGUUGGCUAUGAUUCGCCAGGCGAGGAAAGGAGGAGCGGUCACUCCAGAGGCCUACAUUCACCUGCAGCCAUUCAUACUGAAUGGACAGGUGGAAGUGAAGACAUACUGUCAGGUGAGUAAGGGUAGCUGGUGCUACAGAAACCAGGUCUGGAACCUGUCCCUCAGCAAUGGAAGCCAGUGGGUAGGAGAUAUGAUCUGGCUCGCCACUGGCUGCAAACUUGAUGUCAAACAAGACCCGCUGCUUUCUGAAGUGAUGAAAGAAUUCCCAAUUCAGGUGAUAGAUGGAUGGCCCUGCAUAUCUGAGAGCUUACACUGGAUAGACGGGUGCCCGCUUUAUCUGAUGGGGCAGUACACCGCUCUUCAGGUCGGCCCUCAUGCAGUAAACCUAGCCGGUGGACAAGCUGCCAGCAUGCGAAUUGCAAAGGACAUUGUUCACCGUCAGAUGCAGGAAAGUGGACAGGCCUCUGACACGAACAGAGAAAAAACAAAAACUGAAGAGUAUAUUCAACAGAUGCAAGGACUAUUAUGGUUUUAACAUGCCUGAUUCACAGCUAUCCUUGAAUAUCUCAGAUCAAAUGACACCAGUGGAAUCAUUAAAUCGUUUCAAACUUAAUAACUCAAUUUUCUUUUAAGGUUCCUGGGGCAAGAUACUGAAUGUGUGAUUACCCUGUGUGUUAAUUAAUGUUUAAGUGUGGUAUCCACAAGACAAAGCAUAUGACGUGCACAACAACUAGAAAAGUGAUCUGAAAAUAUAGACCUUGAUUGUUAUCUUUUGGCUGUUAAUUACUAGUGUUUGGUAUAAUUAGCUUCAAACUAAUGGAUCACCUGUUUGAAGUGUGUAUUUAUGAACAUUAGUUUGGUUCACAGUUUUUAUUAUCAUUGCUAGUCACAAGAGUUCCCGACGGAAA